AUGAAUGAAAUAGACGAUAAAUUUUAUUAUGUCUACAGUUCAUCUUUGGACUACAAAGUUGAAAUUAAAAUAGGCACUCUUGAAGGGAAGCGCACAAAACCUGAGUAUGACAAACUACUGUCAGAUCCCAUGCUCAAAUUCUCUGGGCUAUACCAGGAAGGCUGUUCAGACUUAUAUGUCACCUGCCAGGUUCUAUGUGAUGGACUGCCUCUUGCACUGCCUGUGACUACAUCAUAUAAGGCCUUUACCAACAGGUGGAACUGGAAUGAGUGGAUUACACUACCAGUUUUCUUUAGUGAUCUGCCACGUAAUGCUAUCCUUGCUUUGACUAUCUAUGAUUGUGCUGGACCAGGGAAGGUCAUGAUCGUGGGAGGGACAACAAUAUCUCUCUUCGGAAAGCAUGGGAUGCUAAGACAGGGUAUGUUCGACUUGCGCGUUUGGCCCGGAGUGGAGGGGAGCGAGAAGACACCGGGGAAGGCUCCAGACCGCGGCAAGGAACAGAUGCAGAAGUUGGCCAAAUUGGCCAAGAAACACAGAAACGGACACAUGCCUAAGGUGGACUGGCUGGACAGACUGACAUUCAGAGAGAUCGAGAUGAUCAACGAGAAGGAGAAGCGCAGCUCUGAUUAUAUGUAUCUCAUGAUAGAGUUCCCCACAGUGCAGAUAGAUGGCAUCAACCAUGCAGUAGUGUACUAUGAACAAGAUGGCGACGAGAUGUACCAGUUUAGAGCUCAAGCGGAGAUUGUCACAGUGCCAGACUAUGAAAUCUUACAGGAGAACCUGGUGGAGAGCAAGCAGCACCGGCUGGCGCGGUGCGUGCGCGGCGCGUGGGGGCGCGAGGCCAAGCCCACGGCCGCCGAGCGCGACCAGCUCGCCGCGCUCGUGGCCGCGCCGCCGCGCCGCCACCUCGCCGCCGACGAACAGGACCUGCUGUGGAAGUUCCGUUUCUACCUUUCGUCGCACCGUCGUGCGCUGACCAAGUUCUUAGAAUGCGUAAACUGGAACCGGCCCGCGGAAGUGCGGCAAGCAUUGGCGAUGAUGAAGCAAUGGGCACCAAUGGACGUGGAAGAUGCUCUGGAACUAUUAACGCCCAAGUUCACGCAUCCAGCAGUUAGGAGGUACGCUAUCUCACGGCUGAAACAGGCGCCGGACGAGGAUUUACUGCUCUACCUGUUGCAACUUGUACAAGCUCUGAAGUACGAAGAUUUCAAUGAAAUUCAUAACGAAUAUGCGCGUGUCUGCGGGAAGGACGCGCCGAUAUUUUCUGAUUCCGAAGGGAAGCUCAUGCAGAGCACACACAGAGGCAGCCAGGCUAGCUUGCUAUCCGCAUCAGUAAUCACAAGUAGUGAAAUGACAGCGUCGAUAACGAGUAGACAGUCGAUCGAAACCACGACUGAAGAGUCACCAGCGGCCCACGAAGAUGCCUUCAAUACGGUGGAGGAGGCGAGCGAGGAAAGCUUGACCCUGGCGGGGUUCCUGAUCGAGCGGGCCUGCAACAACAGCGUGGUGGCCAACUACCUGUACUGGUACCUGCUCAUCGAGUGCGAGGACACGGACGCUCCCCGCCAGCCGCCCAGGCACAUGUACCUCAGCGUCAUGAAGACCUUCUCGCAGAAGCUGGCCAAAGGCAAUGCAGACCACCAACGAACCCGUUCCUUCCUGGCCAGACAGCAGGUGUUCAUAGACAAGCUAGUGAAGCUAGUUAAAACGGUCGCACGUGAAAGCGGUAACCGUAACAAGAAGGCCGAGCGCCUGCAACAACUGCUCGCCGAUCCGGACGCAUUCAAGUUCAACUUCACGAAUUUCGAACCGAUGCCGUUCCCUCUGGACCCCAACGUGACCAUUAAAGGCAUUGUCGCCAAGAAGGCGAGCCUGUUCAAGUCGGCUUUGAUGCCGUCGAAAUUGACCUUCCUGACCACCGAGGGCAUGGAGUACGAGGCGAUAUUCAAACAUGGCGACGAUUUAAGACAGGACCAGUUGAUAUUGCAGAUGAUCACGUUGAUGGAUAAACUGUUGCGGAGGGAGAACCUGGAUCUGAAGCUGACCCCGUAUAAGGUGUUGGCGACGAGCUCGCGGCAUGGCUUCCUGCAGUUCAUCGAGUCGGUGACGGUGGCGGAGGCGCUGGCUGCAGAAGGCAGCAUACAGAGCUUCUUGCGCCGUCACAACGCGGCCGAAGGCGCGCCCUACGGCAUCCGGCCCGAAGCCAUGGACACCUACGUGCGCAGCUGCGCCGGCUACUGCGUCAUCACCUACCUGCUCGGCGUUGGCGACCGUCAUUUGGACAACCUGUUGCUUCGUCGCUGUGGCGCGUUGUUCCACAUCGACUUCGGCUACAUCCUGGGCCGUGAUCCCAAGCCCUUGCCGCCGCCCAUGAAGCUCAGCCGCGAGAUGGUUGAGGCCAUGGGUGGAGUUCACUCGGACCACUUCCACGAGUUCCGCAAACUCUGCUACACUGCCUUCCUGCACUUGCGCAGACACGCCAACUUAAUGCUAAACCUAUUCUCGCUGAUGGUGGAUGCCUCAGUGCCAGAUAUUGCGCUAGAACCAGACAAAGCUGUCAAAAAGGUGCAAGAUAAACUGAGAUUGGACCUGGGCGAUGAAGAAGCAGUUCAUUACUUCCAGAACCUACUGGAUAUGUCGGUAACCGCGGUGAUGGCUGUGCUGGUGGAACAGUUUCACAAGUUUGCCCAAUAUUGGCGCAAAUAA